AUGGAGGCGGUAUCCGCGGCGGCCAGCAUCGCUGGGCUACUUUCCAUCGCCGGUCAUGUCGUCAAUGGUCUCAUCAAGCUCAAUGAUUUCGUUCAGGCUGCAAAAGAGAUGGACAUUCGGACCGAGUCCUUGAAUGCAAAAGUUGGGCUUCUCUCUGAGACCCUAGAAGACGUUAAUGCUUUGCUUCAGACCUAUGAAAGAAGCCUUCCCUCGAUCGUCGAGACAUCUUGGGAGCCGAACAUCGCUACACUACGAUCUCACCUGGUGCGCUGCGGUAAAGACCUCGACGAAUGGUCUAAGUCGUACAAGAGCGUCAAAAAGUCGACAUCUAAGCGGCGGAAGUUCCUUGACAUCAUUCAAAACAAGCGCCUCCGGGGCAUCUCGGACAUGGAAAUCAAGUUGACGGCCCAUCGCUCCCAGUUGAUUUUCGACAUCAGUGUCUUGAACGCGGCAUCAUCCCUACGCAAGAUUUACUCCUGGAAGUUGGGCAUUCUCGCCCGUUCGGACCAUUUCCUCACCAUUCUGUGGUACGAAGCCGUCUUUGGCAAUCGCAAAAACUUGGUUCUGUCCUCGAUGGACGGAGCAGGGAAAUUCCUGAUGAUCCUCAAAGAUGCUUUCCCGUGGGAUGGCCUAGUCAAUUCUAUGCCAGACAACGCCAGCAAGAUGGACGUUGAUGAAGAAGACGAAAGCUCCUCGUGGACAAGAAGCGACGGUGCGGUGGAUCUCAACAUGUCAGAUACAGUAUCGAGAGAAGGAGAACGGCCCUCAAAGCUCAUCGGCAAGAUCAAAGGCCACCUGCUUCUCAUCCAACCAUUCGUCCACUCCCCCAGUCCAAUCCCCCAGUCAAAUCCCAGAUAA